AUGGAACAUAAUGACAAAAAAGUGGUCGAUUCAUCAAUUAGUUCGAGUGUGACAGUUUUACAGUAUUUAUUGCAGAAUGAAUCUACCGGAUCGGUUGGGGAGGGUUUGUCUGCUGCCAACAGUGCUUCUAACACCACCGCCCGAAUUGAUUCUUCGGUAAGAGUUUAUUCCUGUGUGCAUCCCGGUUGCAAGAAGCUGUACUUCAAUGAGCGGCAUCUAAGAGCGCACGAGAAAUACCACGGUAGAGAAGCUCCUGCCGAUCGUAGGCAAGCGUCAAAUGAGGAUGGAAACAACGUUACAGGAGGAAACAGUCAGCAAUCACAAAGUGGGUUGCGGUUUUUGUUACUAAAUGAACAAUUGGAGGCUUCAGCCAAAACACAAACACAUCCUGAAGUGAUUGCGUCGAAAGAUUUGGCGAUCAAUCCUAUCAGACCAAUGGAAGAAGAAAAGCUGGAAGAAAGUAUCGUGAUAGGGGACGAUGAGGACGAAUUAAUUCAGUACGAUGAAGAUUAUUGCAUGAGGGAUGAACCAUCAGAUGGCGAAUACGAUGAUUUAAUCAUAGCAUAUGACGGUACUGAUUGCGAAGAGGAGGAAAUCGUCGAAUCGUGCUCGCAGCAAGAUCUUUUCAACCAUUCCGAUUGCGAAGACGAAGAAACUCCUUUCUUGGAGGAAACGAGACAGCUCACAUACUCCCACAAGGACCGUAAAUAUGCAUGCGAGUGGCCUCUUUGUGGAAAAACGUACAUCAAGGUAUCACACCUCAAAGUGCACCAAAGGGCCCACACGGGCGAACUGCCCUUCGCAUGCGGCUGGGCGGGAUGUAAGCAGCGAUUCGCACGGUCUGAAACCCUGAACCGACAUCUUGUGACGCAUACCAGUGAUCGUAAUCACAACUGUCGUUGGUGCGAUAAACGAUUCUUCCGUCGGGAUCAUCUGCUGGCGCACGUACGUAGACACAAUCUACCCAACAGCGAAAUUCAACAACUGUUUCCUGGGGUAAAGAUAGCUAGACAGGGUUCGAAGGAAUGUGAAGCACCCGCGACGAGCCCACCGAUGCAGAAUUCAUCCGAUAUGGUUACCAUCAGUGCAAUCUUUACCGAACCAGAUCCAAGACGAACUUUUCACUGUUCGUAUGAGGGAUGCAGCAAAAGCUACACACGCCAAAGCCACCUGAAAGCGCACGAGCUACUACAUACCGGUACACUAUCCUUUCACUGUCCGUGGGCCGACUGUGGAGCGGCUUUUGCACGCUCGUACGAAUUAUCGCGUCACCGCCGAAUGCACUCGGGCGAGCGGAAGUUUGUGUGUCACAUUUGUCAGCAGGCAUUCAUACGCAGCGAUCAUCUAUCGAGUCACGUGAAAAGGCACACGUUUCAGGCUGUGCGAAUCGCCUCCCGUGGUGAAGAUGUUCUAGUGAAACUGAAGGUAGAAUAA